AUGGGUGAGGAAAUUACAGGUAAUCCAAUAAAUGAAGAAAACAGACCUACGGUGAACGGCGAAGAAAACGGCAAAAGCUUAAAAGAUGGUGUUAAGUACUACACGUUAGAAGAUGUACAACUCCAUAACAAGAGCAACGACACAUGGCUCAUCAUUCACGACAAACUAUAUGAUGUCACGAGUUUCCUCGAAGAACAUCCAGGAGGUGAGGAGGUGUUGCUGGAGCAGGCUGGUUCGGAUGCAACAGAGAGCUUUGAAGAUGUGGGUCACUCAACGGACGCCCGAGAGAUGCUGCAGCAGUACUACAUCGGCGAGCUUCACAUGGAUGACAGAAAAAAGGAUAAGCCAAAGCUGCCAGAUGUAGAAUUCCCAUCAGGAGGGUCCAGCAACUCCUGGACCACAUGGGUGAUACCAGCCAUCGCCGCGACUGUCAUUGGAGUCCUGUAUCGGUUCUACAUCUCCUCUUGA